CUGCUCGAGAGAAUCGAUGACGCCAUACAAACCUUCGAGAAGGAGCUGUACAAUCUCGACAUGGACGAGAAAUACAAAUUGUGGUACCACGCAUCUGCGUCUGAGCACUACGAUAAUGCCCUGAUUGCCGCGUGGGUGAUGAAAGACAAAGCGACCAUCAAGAGGUUGCUGGGAAGCAUCAUGCCGCCUACCGCUGAGGUGUGGCCGGGCUCCUUCAGACACCAGAAGUUGGCUGUGCAGCAUUGGGAGUCCGCCAUUGACAAUUUGGACCCCAGUCUCGACUUGCACAAGAAAGGCGUCGACGUGGCGCCUGAGGAGAAGGCGGUGAGCCGGGAUAUCCUCAGAAUCAGGUACGGAGAGUUGAGCCCCGCCGAGGAGGAGAGGGCGCUGCUGAGGUUGGCAAUGACCAGGGAGCCGGUCGACGAGAACUGGUUCUGGGACGUCUCGUGGGCCCUUGGCAGGGCACCGCCUCGAAUGGCAGACAAGGGCGACGAUGGGCUCGACCAGGGGAAGAAGUAUCUCAUUCCCCCAGACAUGGCGCAGAAAUCGCCAGAGCCAUCAAGCAUGUGGUGACCUGAGCCCUUGCUGGGCCGCGCCAUGCUUCUCUCGGGGCACAACUGGCGAAUUGGGCGAUCCACCUCGGAAGGUAAUGCGGAUCUAGAUGCGGACUCGGACGAGGCAUUUCGCGCAUGCUUGCUCGCCAGCGUUCGUGGCGCGCGCCUGGGGCAGGCCAGCAGUUUCUCUCCCAAGCGCGCCCGCGCGCCAUUCGAUCCAGGGGGAACCCAGUCCGGCUUCAGUUCCAGGUGGAUUUUGGGAGGGGUUAGGGGGAGUUUCCCCGACAGAGCUUCCUCGCCAGCACUGUACGGUCCACCGACGCGUGCACCCGCGACAGAACAGUGCGGGUCACCGUCGCCAGCAUUUUCGCCAGCACAGCCAGGACCACUGCUGUCAGUGUUUCCGCCAGUGCACCCCGUAGCACCGGUGUCAGCUGGAAGCUCGGCACGUUCUCGUGCGGCAUGUAUCCGUGCUUGAGUAGUUUGGAAUGGUAGUACAUUUCUUCUUCUUAGGUCCCAAGUACUUGACCAUUUUUUAAGUAUGUUGGACUUCUCGCACCCGCUCUGGUAGUUCGAGCUUGUUUCCAAGCUCAUCUCGACUAGAUCCACGAUGUCGCGGAUGGAGUGUCAACGGACACGUUGCUUCUCCCAACGAAUAGUAGCAUAAGACCAAAGAUACGAGCCGAUCACACGAGAGUGUGGCCAGCUCCGCAAGCAAGUCGCAAACGACGCAGUAACGUCACAUGGUACAUUGCUGCCUUGUUCUUUGGAAGUGUGAAACAAGAAUAUACGGGGUGAAGAUCAUGAUGAUCCGUCCUUUC